AUGAAUAUCGGUCUGCAAGAAGUGUACUUGCCUCCAGAGGGAGUUGAGGCGGUUGCCAACAUCUGUUUUGUCCACGGUCUCUUUGGAGGGCCGUGGAAGUCCUUCUCCGCAAAGAGACCCCGUUCUGAUGCACAAUCGCCGGCACAGGCCCCCGAUGGCUCAUCCACAAAUCAAGGCCCUGGGGAUGCAAAGGCUGCCCAGCAAGUCUUUUGGCCUCGCGAUCUCUUACCUCGGUCCAUCAAUAAUGUGCGCAUAUUCACCUUUGGGUACGAUGCGGAUAUUGGAAGGAUCAUGGGGGCGGCUGGUCUGAACAGUCUGUAUCAACAUGCCCGAAACCUGCUGAAUGCAACCUCGGAUUUACUCGAACAGACUCCAGAGCCGCUUCCAAUAAUCUUUGUUGCCCAUAGUCUAGGAGGUCUUGUCGUCAAGCAGGCUCUUAAUCAAUCUGCCACUAGUACUGAUGCGAGGAAAAAUCGAACCCUGGGAUAUACUCGUGGCAUCAUAUUUCUGGGAACGCCCCAUCAUGGAUCAAGUGCUGCAAUGUAUGGUCGCACGGCAUUCCGCCUCAGCAAGAAAAUCGCCUUCCAGAGUGCGAAUAUCAAACUGUUAACGGCCCUUGAGAGAAACUCUGAACCACUUGACCAGCUGUCGACGGAAUUUUGCGAAACCUUGGAAAAGACCAACGUGUUGCGAAUGUGGUCCUUUUGCGAGGAAAAACAGGUCCGAUUUGGCGUCGUCGGCAUGCAGAUUGUACCAGCAGACUCUGCCAGGAUUAGACACAUCAAAGAAGAUUGGGGCAGCAUCUCAGGAGAUCAUAGGCAGAUUGCCAAAUAUUCUAGCACUCAAGAUGAUGGUUUCGUAAAGGUCAACAAUGUCUUGAAGGGUUGGGUCAGGGACAUAGAACGCGAUCCCCAAAACAAUUUCUCGGAAUCAGAAGAAUACAAAGAGUGCCUGAAAACCCUUGAUGAUGCAGAUGCACGACUCCGAGUCCAAGGGGUUCACCAGGUGUCCCAGACAAACUCGAGUAGCUUCGAGUGGCUAUUCACGGAACAGGUACCUUUUACCAAAUGGCUACAAGAUGAUACCAAUCAAUUCAGCCCGGUUUUCUGGAUUACAGGCCGACCAGGCUCAGGGAAAUCCACGCUGAUGCGAUUUGCACUCGAAGAUAGGCGCACCGUUGAGCUUUUGCCAGAGUCCACUGGGAGCCCAUUGGCAUAUUUUUUCCAUCUUCGUGGAAAGUCGACGACACAGAAGAGUCUCAAGGGGAUGCUGAAGGAGCUCCUAUAUCAACUACUUCACCAGUUCCCUCACUUCUAUGCACAAAUUGGCCCAAUCUACAAACGAAGGGUGAGAAUGUUGGUCCCUCGCGAAUGGGACUUGGACAGCCUGGCUGAGGGUUUCUUGCAAAUACCAAACCUCGUCUCGAGAUCCAAGACAACCCGAGAUCGAGUGUUUCUCUUUAUCGAUGCUCUGGACGAGAAUGAAAAUCAGCAUGAAAAUGAAACCAUGAUGUCGCUCAUCAAGCGACUAUCUGCCGAGUAUGAGUCGACGGCGAAGAAUUCACAAUCACCGCUAUUGAAGAUAUGCCUGGCCAGCAGGUCAUGGACGCUGUUUCAAAGAGAAUUGGGGGAGAAUCAACGAAUACCGUCACUUGCCAUACACGAAUUCACAACGAAUGACAUCCGAUCGUAUGCUUCUGCCCUUCUAGAUGAGCCAUUGCAAAGUUUGAGACUUCCAGUCGCACAUCAAAGCGAGUCCCUGCUGGUGAGCGAGAUCACAGGAAGAGCUAAUGGGGUGUUCGUCUGGGUCAGAGUGGUGGUGGACAACUUACGUCGCCACAUCAUCGAUGGAACCUCAAUCGAAGUACUCAGGACAAAGGUCCUGGAGUACCCCCAGGAACUCAAAGAUAUGUACGAGUAUACUGUCACACGAAUCCCAGAAGACUACUGGAAAGAACUCGAGGUGGCCUUGAAAGUUCUGUAUAGUAGUCAGAAGGCACUUACACUCUCUGAGUUGUACGUGAUUACACAAAUAUGCAUCGACCAACACCCUCCAUGGGAUUUUGAAGCUUCGCAGCGGACAUUGGCGUGGCUAGCCAGUCGCUCUGGAGGACUGAUAGAGGAGAUCACCAUCUCUCCCACACCAGGCUACAGUCUUGAUCAACAGCAACCUGGCACAAUCUCUUCGGUACAAUUCAUCCAUCAAACAGUCCAGGAUUUUGUUCGAGCCGGUAUAAGAGGACUGCCAGAACCUACAUACGGAGGGCCUCGAUUAUUGAUCCCAUCUGGUCAUUACUUGAUAACUUUCGCCUGUCUCGAGAACAGGACACCACAUACUUGUCUGUCUGAAGUUGCGAAAGACGUCUUCUCGUACUUUCGAGAAUGCGAGCGUGAUUGGGAUACUCGGGGUCGCUUGAAUGAUAGCUAUAUCGGCCGUUGGACGUCGACUUACUUGAUUGAGAGCCUUUUUGAUGGUUUUGAUAUCAAUCGGCCGCAUGAAGUACUAUACUUCUUCAUGAAUGAACCAGACAGGAGAAAGAUGGUCAAAAUUAUUGCCGGACUUCAGGGUGAAGAUCUUUCUGUCGAUGAAUAUUUUGACAACUCCACCUCACACGGAGAAAGACAAGCCACUGUUGCUCCAUCGCCAGAGUCGAUGCGCAAGACACUGAUUGAAGCGGUCAGUACGGUGCACCAAGGCCAAUCCGCUACUUCAAGACAACCUGCUAUUCAAGAAUCAGCAAACUUGAAUAUAAUACCAGUCAGAAAACGUCUGCAAAAGGCGAUACGAGCUGUUAUGGCUUUGAAUCGUUGCAGCAAAAGUCUCUUCUCGGAUGUGAUGCUGUUCUGUCAGAACCUAUAUUACCCAAGAUUUCGGGAUAGGGACGUCAAUUCGGAGAGGCUAGUCACCAUGGCAGCUUUAGGUCAGCGUCUUGCUAAGGAUCGAACCGACCGACCACGCAUGUUAAAAAAAUACAUCGCGUAUACCACCCAUAUGGACUUUACAGGACCGCAAUCAAGUGGAUGGAGGCCAACCCCAAUGGCCCUUGAUGUCGGGCCUGCUCCUGAAGUCUUCUGGGAGCAAAUGGACCUUCCAAUUGUCAGGGUCGCAACGGCGAUUCCUUCUUCAGAUAUCACGGAUGCGAUGCUGCGACACAUGACGGAGCUUCUACUCGAACACCCUUCUCAACUCUUCGGAAACCUGGAUUCUAUCGUCCAGAUACCAUUCAUGGCUACGGACCGAUUGUCUGUUUUUGAAUAUUGUGCAAUUUUUAAAAGACAAGACACUGGAAAGUGGCUACAAUUAAUAUUGCGUCACGCACCGUCGUUGUACCUUAGGUAUCCAAAUAUUCUCCGACGUGUACUAUUUCUCAAAAUGGGUCUGACUCAUGAGGAUGAAGAGCCAGACAUGAAACAGGGUCUUGUGUUUCCCGGAUUAUUAGCAGCAGCAUCGAGUGGAUUGAGCCUUCGUCAUCUUUAUCAGGGCCUCUAUGACCCUGCACUUUCUUUCCGUCGGGCAGUAUUGUAG